AUGCGCCAAAACGGUUUGUCCAUCCGUAACACGGAUCUCUCUUUCCUUUUCUAUGGCGAUGUGUCUCUGCGUCACCUGAAUCGCACGUUACACACUCGUCUCAGUCUACCACCACAGUUUAUAACCAACUUGGCUAAUGCCGGACUGACUCACCUCUUUGACAUCGCAUCCUUCACCCUAGAUCCCGCAAAACAUGACGUUGUGCAACUACAACCUCAUCCCAAUGUCCACUUUCAAAAUGCUACCACUCGCGCUCAAGAACAGUGGUUACAAACCUCACAGUGGCUUUCCGAUUUAACGCUGAUGGAUCUGGUCAAUGGGUAUAUGGCUACGGACUCGGACAUGACAGAUAAUGUUGUAGGGAGACGACGGAGAGCGGUUGGUUGCCAAACUCGCAUACAGAUCGCUGGCACGGAUGACAAUCUCCUCCGUGGUGCAGCUGCGAGUCAGUGUCUGGACUUGGAGCCCCUUUGGUUCCUGGGUUUACCUCCAAGGUUGCGUAUGCAACAAGCACAAGAUCUCAUCAAUGCCUACUACGCUGUUUCCCCUCACGCGCCCUUUCCCACCUCCAUUCCUCCUGGGAUUUUCGCAUCUGACGCAUCUAUGCUUCCGGCUGCACCCUCUUUCCGACAUCAACGUUCAGUAACCUUCUCGUCAAUUUCUCAUUCCUCUGCCCUGGCCAUGAAUCUCGACUGCUUCCGUACUUCAGCGUGGGUUUAUCAUGGCGAGACGUACGGACUCAUAGCAUCAACAAUACAUCAAUACAAUUUACCAUCACCCCCUUCUCACCUACCCUCUUCUCCAACUCUCUAUACCGACCACCUCAACUCUUCUCGUAUUGUAUCUUCCGCUCUCCACCUCCCUCCUCUGCCUCAUCAAUGGUCAUCUCUUCCUGGUCGUUCGCUCUACCGAUGGCUCCUUCAUCUCUUGCAGCAUUCUCCACCACCACAUCAUCCUCCCAAUAUCAUCUACACUCCAGCUCACACCAACUCCUCCUCGACCCCUUCAACAGUUAAUGCGCUUGCAGAUCGGCUCGCAUCAGGUUCUCAGCAUUUACAAAUUCGGCCACCUCCCGCACCCUUACCUACUUUCUUUAUGGAUUCUUUUAUGCUUUACUCACCAAACGACGGCUACAUUGAAACAAGUAUAUCAUCAUAUCUGCCAUCUGUACUCACUUCCGCUGCUUAUUCUAGCCCAGACUUCCGCCCUGCCAUGACGAUGCUACUGCCGUUCCACGACCAACACACACCUCCCGAACAUCCCUAUUUGCGGGCCUCCUCGGCAUAUUCAGCCUUGGUACAGCUCUACGCGAGAUCAGAUCAGCUGGACACGACGUACGCACGAUUCCGACGCUUCGGAAACGUAUCCCCCAUGUGCAUCAGUGGAUGCGAUGCACUGGAAACCGUCCACCACGUCUUCGUCUCGUGCCCUGUGUAUCGCUCCUUCCGCCAACAUGCCACACAAACACUGAUUACCGAGACAUCCCGUAUCCUGGACUCUGCAGAAGUACCCUUGCUCAUUUGCAGGUCCUUUCUUCAGGUGGUCCGAUGUCUCUUUGAAGAUGGCCCCGUUUGGCCCCAAUCUCUAUCUCGCUUCUACCUUGGCCUAACGCCACCCUUGCCCGCACUUACUGGUUUGCCGGGAGCGAAGACAAGUCGUCUGUUGGUACGCAUCGCUCACACGUGGCACACGUCAUGCAUUCGUCUGGCUGGCAGGAUUUGGGCGGAAUAUAAGCGAAGGGUACGUCCGGCUCCAUCGAAAAAGAAUAAUAACGCCGUAGCCAUUGAUUUACCAUCCUUUUUAUCUCCUAUCUUAUCGUCCUGA